AUGGCACUCCAAUAUACCGCAGAGUUUCUUAUUCACCUGCGCGAAUCACCACUGUGUAUCAAACCGCCCAAUCUGCCACCCGCAGAGGAUUGGAUGGGACCGCCUCCCGACAAUACUCGCCCUCAGAACAAUAACAACAACAGUAACAACAACCCCAAGACCCCUGCCGACAGAAGAAGCCACGACAACCCCCUCCUCGACCAGACGAAUCGCCGCCCUGGUGUCGACCGCCACGCUUCGCGAAACAGCGCAAACCCUGAGGAUAUUGUCCUUGGACCUCCUCGAACCGCUUUUGCUUCCGCAACCCUGCGAAACAAUGCUGGCAAGCCCUUUGAGAACGAUAAAGACCUCAAAAACGCUGAUUCCCCGAACCGCUUUAAUCUCCGUAACCGCAAUGGUGACACCCCCGAGGGUGAGCGAUUCCGCGAUUCAAGGAACAGCAACUUCCGUCGCCGCGGUGACAAUGAUCAAGACAAUGAAGGGUGGAGCACGGUGAAGCCGCGCAAGAGCUUCGGUCAUGAGGGCGCUGAGCGUUUUCAUGGUCGCAUGGGCGCCGGCGGCGGCGAUAGGCUCCCCAACGAAAGGCGAACUCGUGACCGUGACGCUGAGGCCAACCGCGAGCGACCUCAUCGCAACUUUGACCAUCAUGACAAGGAUAAGGACCACGAGGAGGCUGAGCCAAGACCCCGAAAUGGUCUUAACAGGGGCAAGUCAGAGCCUUGGUUCAAGAACGAAAACACCGAGAAGCCUCCCAUGACGGCUCGCGAACGCAUUGACCGAGCCAAGAGUUGGAGAGAUCGAGAUAAGGAUGCCGCACCUGCUGAGGAGAAGCCUAGCGGCAGAAACUAUGAGCGUCGCUGGGAGCGCGGUGAUCACCGAGCCGAGCGGGAGCCCGAAUGGCUUGACGAACCUGCUGGAGAAAAGGCUGGUGGUCAUACCGAGGAGGACUUCAAGAAGUUCAUGGAAAGCAUGAAGGCGAGCCGCAACGCACCUUCGGCCGAGGACAAGGCGGCAACAGCGGUCGCCGAGGCCGCGAUCAAGGCCGAACAACCAGCUGUGGCUUCCGCUCCUGCUGUGGAAAUUGGCCCCGACCAGUUCUUCCUCAAGUUCGCUUCUACUGCCGGUCUGGAAGUAGGCUCCCCCAAUGAGCCCAAGAAGGAAGCCCCUGCUGCCAAACCCAAGGCCGGUGGCGGCAAGUCCUCGCGCUUCACUUCUUUCUUCAACGCUCCCCAGGAUGAUCCCAACCGUAGAAUGCAGUUUGAGCCCCCGACGCCCCUUGCUGGCCCACCCCUUGCAGGGCCAAGUGCACCAGCUCAAGCUCCGGAUACAGAGAAGGAAGCUUUCCAGGCAUUGCUCAUGAAGUUGCAGCGUUCCAACAUCCAGUCUACUUCGACGCCUCCCGCCGCACAACCCUUCCAGGAACCGCCUCCACCUACUCGCGAACAUGGCCCAUCCAGUUCUGUGGCAUCUCCCGAACCAUUCCAGCAGUACGGGGGCGAUCGUCGCGAGGAAGCUCGUCCUCGUAUGCCUCAGGGCUCUAUGUCCAUGUCGGACAUUCUUGCUCCUCGUCCCAUGAUGCCAAGCCAGCAGCCCGCUGCUCGCCAGGACCAGUUGUUGCAGGAACUCGUUGGGCAACGUCACCAGGCCUCUAGCUCAGGCUCUGGAAGAAUGGAGCCGAACCAAGGCCGCAACCUCAGUAACACCGAGUUUUUGAUGAACCUUAUGAGAGCUCAACCCGAACCCCCACGCACCGAACAGCAGCUUUUGAUGCGCAUGCCGCAACCUCAGCGUGCUGCUCAAAUUCCUCAUGCUCAGGAGCGCGAGCCCGACUUUCCUCAGGGCGGGCGCGGCUCCCAGCGUCAGAUGCGCGGUCAGGCUCCCCCGGGCUUCAUGGACGAAGGAUUCCAUCACCCCGAGCCUGAAGGCCGCAUGCAGCCGACACAAAUCCUUCAGCGUGCCCCUCCACCUCCCGGUCUGGACCAGAUGAAUCCCAACUGGAUGCAGGGUGGCGGACCCGGGCCUAUGCCUCCUCAACAACGAUCCAUGAUUCCGCCUCCCGGCCUUGCCGGUGGUCCGGGUCGCAAUCAUCCUAUGGGUGGAAUGUUCCCGCCCAAUUUCCCUCCUGGAGCAUUCCCGCCCCCAGAAGCACUGGCCAGUCCUCCGCCUCGCAACAUGCCGCCUCCCCCAGGGUUCUUCGGCGGCCCUCCUCCUCCCGGAUUUAUCCCCCCUCCCGGUAUGCCUGGCUUUCCUGGACCUGCAGGGCCUGAGGGCCAUGGCUUCCCGUUUGACGGACGCAUGCCUCCGCCUGGUGCUGCUCAGGCUUUCCGGAGGCAGUAA